AUGUCUGAUCCAUCAGAUAUAAUUCAAUUUCAUGUCCCUGAGGUCGGACUCUCGUUUCGAGCAACACUGCUUGUCGACGAAAAUCCAGAUGUUGUUCAAAAUCUUCAGGCUCAACUGCCACUCGAGAGUGUGCUGGGCCAUGUUGUAAUUGCCGGCGAGACGUUUUGGACGCCAACCAGAAUCGUGCACCUUGGUCGGAACAAUAUGGUCCAGCGGCACCAGGGUGCUGUCUACCUCAAUGCGCCAGGCCAGUCUAUCUGCCUUACCUACGGGAAGAUCACAGAGAGUGCCACAAUCAACAAAUUUGCGGAGGUUUUUCAGGAAGAUUUGCUGGUAUUGGAGCGAAUCGGCAAACUCGUCUAUGAGCAGACCGUUGCGCAACCCCGUCACAAGAUUCUGAAAGUCGUCAUCUCCAGCGAGCAGUCUCCUGCGAAGCUCCUGCCUCUACACCCUGCGACUUCAGAAGCAGCCACAGAAGUUGUGAGCGGUUGCUGCGAAGCAAAAGCACUUAUCGAAAAGGAGAUUGAUCACAUAUGGCUAGAGGAGCCGGUCGAGUUCCAAAAAGUUCGCUGGGGCGUGAUUGACAGCGGCGCAGGCACUGGAGAGCAAUACUUUACAGUCAUGGUACAUCUCGAAGCGUACUUGAUGGUGAUUGGUGGCGACGCUAUGUACCGUUUCUUGAAGCUUGCCCAGUAUGAUGACAUUCCGCUGCCUGCGUUGAAUCGCCUGACAAGGGAAUUCUUGGUCGGCAACUUCGAUAUAUUCGAAUUCAUGGCGGACCUGGGGCUGCCAAGCAUGCACGAAAUCGGUCAGAAGUACUCUGAUGCGCUGAGUGCACUACAGACAAAGGAUGAAUACAUUGAGCUUACCGGCGCGAUGCAAACCUAUAUGAACCGCAUGCAUCGUUGGUCUUACUUUAUCUUUCCGUGGCACUUGGGUGUUGCCUUUCCGCACCGCAAGCCCGAGGAGGUCCUCGCCCUUUCCAAGGCCAUCGAUCGCCAGUCCUUACAAUGA